GCAUCAUGUAAGAGCAGUGACAGGACAGGGGGAAGUAACAAAGGGGUACUGUGAACUGCUUCGGAAGGAGGAAGUAGGAGAACUCAUGGAGCUCUAUGAGAGAGAACAUUAGCUCUGUAACAAGACGUGAAAACAUCAUCAUUCCACAUAGGUUAAAAGAAUGUGAAAGAGGUGAUUCCAUGAGAGAUCAUUAUGAGAAUCUAGGAAAAUUUUAUGAUUUUUCUAAGAAACUGGGGCAGAGCAAAGAAAAACCCAGUUGAGAGAAGGAUACUGACCCUGCUCUCAUGUCCCAGCCAGUGUUCCCUAUUUGUGACAUCAAACAAUGCCCCCAGAAUGGCUGAGAACACCCUCUCAAACCCAGCCCCCAUCCAGGAGCAAUCCAGGAGCCCACCUAGAAUCACCUCAACAGACCAAGAUGUUCUUAGUGCUAUCACUCAGAAAUUUACAAGGCUUUUAGGAACGUUGUGUCAUCAAUGGAGGACAGAGAUCUCUGGAUUCCUCAUUGAUGAAGCCACAGCGCCCAGAACAAUGACCUACUCAUGGCAGACCCUCAGAAACUAUUUGUGGCUGAAACAGAUAUUAGGAACACUUCCCAAGACAACUAACUGUGUGCGCAGUGAAGACUGGUGCUGGAAGAAGAAAAAGCUUUUAGCAAGAUUACGUUUUCCAGACACAGCUCUCUUUUGCCUGGCAAAGAACAGAAUUCCCCUACACUGUCUCGACUACCCUCUCUGGAAGCAGGGCGUGCUCUUCACCUAAGCAUCCAAGAUUGCUGCGCUUUGCCCUAAUCAGAAAUAGGAUCUAGAACAGUUGCAAGAAAAUGUUUUCCAGCAGAAAAGGGACUACAGCCCUAAUAUCUGAUGUCACUGCUUUAAGCAAGUAUCUCUAUUCCAACUACUGUGUAUUUUUAUGCAUCACACUUGUCAAGAGCAAAUGGGUUUUGAAGCCAGCUUUAAAGUGCUUCAUCCUCAGGCAGACACAGUAAGAACUGAUCUCAAAAGUCAGUUACAAAAGACUGAUAUCCACAUCAGAUUGUUAUGAUUUCCUCAUCUCUCAACAUAAACAAGGUCCUAAAUGGCCUAGGUCAUCACCCCACCAAGGAAGAAGGUUCCUAAAACAGUGACGACACCGUGAAACACAGAUGCCAACGGAGGCCAGUCUGUUGAGGAUACAGGACAUGAAUGAAAUCAUACACCUAUAUGCUGAAAGGACUAAUCCAGCAGAUGGGGAGAAAGAAAAUAAUAAUGCCAGAAGGGGAGAAAAGAACAGCUGGAGAAGAAGCCUUAAAUGUGUAAAUGCUGCAAUCUACUGCUCAAGUAGAAGACUAGACUUUGUUAGGAGCACUGAUACUGAGUCAUGAGAACAAGAAGGAAAAAAAUGAAGGUAUGAAGAUAGUUAACACAGGCCAACUUUUUGGUACUUUAAUAAACAAAUAACGUUGGCUCUAC